UUUGUCUUCUUUCGUUUAUUGUUACAUACACGGCAUACAACGUCCAUUUGUCAACGUUAAUGAACCUACUUGCAAGGUAUUGUCUUGUGGAAACUAGACUUGUAACCACGAACUGUCAAGGGAAAGAAUUCCGAUGUUCCAACCACAGUGAUUUGGUGGACAGGUUUAGGAAAAUAAAAGACAAGAAUUUAUGUUCGGAUCACAUGGAACAAGACAUCAAACAUGGCAGACAACGCCGAUAGUGCUCCCCGAGAUGAAGAUGAUCCUGGAUGUGUGGCUUCAACCUCCCAACAGACUUACUCCUUCUCUUCAGGGGGACCUCCGAUCAUCAGUAUUGGAGGACACGUGAAUAUUGGGUCUGGAAAUAUUCUCGCCCGGUCCCGGAGUGAGGUUGAUCAAGCCAUCCAGUACAUGGUACGAACCAAGGCCUAUCGCAAGCUGAUUGAGAACCUGCACAAGGGACACGCAUGGACGAUAAUAACAGGGUGUCCUGGAGAGGGCAAAACUAUCCUGGCUUAUUUUGUGAUGAAACAUUUUCAAGACGAAGACUAUGAUACUAUAGUCAUCAAAACCCCGGAACAAUAUUACAACAUUAACGAAUUUGGACCCAAGACAGCAGUGAUGAUGAAUGACAUAUUUGGAGUUUUAGCCAUUGAUGUGAGUUCUCUGGAUGAUUGGCUGUAUGUCCUUGACGAUAUUGACAAGAGAAUUGAACGCAGUAGAAGUUCACAUGACGAUACCAAGUUCCAUGUUGUCAUAACCGGAAGAAACUAUGUGCUCAAAGCUGCGAUGCCACAUAUUGGGAAAUUUUCAUAUGCGUUCCAAGAAAAGGACGUGAUGGUAGACAUUUCGGAGCAUUUCCCCUUGAGCGAUUUGGAGAAGAAAGAUAUUUUGAGAUGCCAUUUGAUUCGACGAUCCAUUCAGCUGAACAACGAAGAAACAACGGUGGAAAGAAUUUGCCAAAUGCCCACUGUACAUGGAUUUCCCCACUGUUGUCGUCUGUUUGCAGACAUCAAAGAUGCCCACAGCAACCCAUUAGAGUUUUUCUCAAAUCCACUUGUGUUUCUAAACUUCACCACCCAGAAACUAAUCCUAGAUGAGCACACAAGGGCAUUGUUUUAUGUUCUACUGCAGAAUGGAGGUUCGGUGUCGAAAGCAUCACUGAAAGAAAGAGACUUAGUUGAGGCAGCAGACUCUUUAGUGGACAGCUACCUUGUUGAUCGCAACAAUACAUUGCAGAUCAGCCAUCCCUCAAUUCACUGGAGCAUUGUCUAUGUCACGGGAUGCAGAGAUACAGAAUUUCUCAUUAAGAAGUGUCCUCUCAUAUUUGUGAACAAAUUCGUCACCGUUCGUAACACCCAACCAGCAGAGGAACAGGACUCCCCAAAAUUCACCCCCAAAAUUGAAAUACAAGGUGACCAAGUAGACCAGCUGCUCGACAGGUUUAUUGAAGAAACAGAGUUGAAUAAUCUUCUGAUGGUUCUCUCACACCAAGUCUUUAAAUGUGACAAAUUUGUAGCAGAGUAUAUAUCAUGCUUGUCUCAGGAACUAGGUAUACCUAAACUACUCUCCUGGAAAGACAGCCGAACCAGAAAGGCCUUUAUUUAUCUGUCCACAAGCAGUAAGUCUUCCAAACUUCUAAAGUUCAUUGCAAGCAAACAUGAACUGACUUAUGAUGAGCUGAAGCAUGCUUUCCUAGGGUGCUGUGAGUAUGGAUCAACAGAGGCAUUCCAGUUUGUGGCUGGCCGAUACCCUGACCUAGACAUGGGAGCUGUGGAUGAGAACAGGAAAACAGCUUUGUCUCUGGCAGCAGGGAAUGGACAUAAGGACAUUGUUGAGCUGCUCGUUCAUAAAGUGGACAUCCAUGCUAAGGACACUCUUGGAAUGACAGCCUUACACUGUGCUGCUGAAAAAGGUCAGAUAGACGUGAUUCAUGUCCUGGUUCAAAAUGGCACCAAAAUUAAUGAACCAGAUGCCUGUGGUAGAACAGCUCUUCAUCACGCUGCCUGGGGUGGCCAUGAAGAUGUUGUGUGCUGCUUGGUACGGGAGGGUGCAGAUGUUAAUGAGAAGGAUGUCGAUAAAUCCACAGCUCUGCAUGACGCUUGCCACAGAGGAUAUGCGCAGGUUGCGGGUCAUCUGAUCCAGUCAGGAGCUUGCAUGGACAUCCCAAAUGACUGGAAUGAUACACCCUUACACACCUCUGCUUCUCAUGGAAGUGUGAGCGUGGUUAGACGGUUAAUUAGCUGCGGAUGUGGCGUCAGCCUCAAGAACAGUAAAGGACAGACUGCAGAGGACAUUGCCAGAAGGUUGGGAUACAAAGAAGUUCUCGAGGAAAUACUCAGGUACAAAGAAAGGCAGGCUUGCAGUAGCCUUGAGAGCAGCAGAGGGUGAAUCAAAGUCCAUAGGACACAAGAAGAACAUUAGUGUUUUCAAAAACACAUCAUUAUUGUUUUCUUAAUUACAUGUAUUUGAAAUGGAACAUUGGACUGGGAAUGGGCAUGACAGCCAGGUCUCAUGAAGAUCCAGUUAGAAUUGAUCUUCAGCAACCCAUGCUUGUAACAGGAUUAGGUGGUCAGACUUGCUUGACUUGGUUGAUACAUGUCACUGUAUACUAGUUACAUAGCUUGAGGCUCAUGAUGUCAAACACUGGACUGUCUGGUCCACACUUAAUUAUUUACCGACCACCGCCAUACAGCUGGGAAAGGGAGUAGUUUGACAUUACACAAUAGACAAAGGACGAUUAUGGCGCAAGGUAAUUGUAUAACCAGUAUUAAGGAUUACUUUAUCAUGUUACAGGGUACACACUCACUUCUUGUGUGUGGAUCUUUGUAUACCAAUGAAAGACAGAGCCAAUAAAUCCCAUGGUUCCAUUA